UAAUAGUAGUAUUUCCUUUUCUCUUUUCUGCAAAAAAAAACACUCCCAUUGCCACUGCAUCCGUGCUGAGAGAGCGAGGGAGAAGAGAGGGAAAAGCCGUUCAGAACAGAGAGAGAGAGAGAGUGUGUCUGUAUGAGCUGAGAAGCAGAAGCAUAUAACGAUAGCAAUGGUGUCGGACGAGGAGAUAGCGCAAACCGUGGAGACAGUUCUCCGUCACUCAGACCCCAACGCCGUCACAUCUCUCAACGGCGUCGUGCAGUGCCUGGAGGCCAAGCUAGGGCUGAGCCUCGCGCACAAAUCCGACUUCAUCAGAGACCAGAUCACCUUCCUCCUCCGCUCCCACCCCGUUUCCAGAGAACACCUGCCCCCUCAACCCCAUCCAUUUCCACAACCCCCUCAUUUCUCUCUCCACCACCAAACUCACCCUGCCUACCCGCAGCCGCCGCCGAAAGAAGAGAAUGCGGCAGCAAAUGCCUCUGAAACGCACAAAGGAAGAGCUCCAGCAGGAACCAAAAGAAGGGGUGGUCCGGGAGGUCUAAACAAACUAUGUGGUGUUUCACCUAAACUACAGGCGAUUGUUGGGCAGCCGGAAUUGCCAAGGACGGAGAUAGUGAAGCAGCUGUGGGUGUAUAUUAGGAAGCACAACCUUCAGGAUCCAGAGAACAAGAGAAAGAUUAUCUGUGAUGAUGCUCUGCGAUUGGUUUUUGAGACAGACUGCACUGACAUGUUCAAGAUGAAUAAGCUGUUGGCAAAGCACAUUUUGCGACUUGAUCCAACGAAAGAACCAGUUCAAGCCAAGAAAUCAAAAGUUGAAGAUGAUUCUACUAAGCAAAGUUCCGAUCCCAGUCUUCUUCCUGUGGCGAUAUCAGAUGAACUAGCUAAAUUUUUUGGAACUGGGGAAAAAGAGAUGCUUCGGUCGGAAGCCUUGGGUCUUGUCUGGGAGUACAUACAAGCUAACCAACUAGAGGAUCCACUGAGUUCUAUGGUUAUUCACUGCGAUGGGAAGCUUCAAGAGCUUUUAGGGUGUGAAAGCAUUUCUGCUUUGGGAAUUCAGGAGAUGCUUUUACGCCAUCAUUUGCCGAAGCAGUGUUAAUGUGUUCUUUUAUGUGAAUGCUCUAACCUUCUUCCACACGGCAAUUCUUUAACGUGCGCGGACGCCCACUCAAGAUGAGAUCACAAUCGUCUCUCUCCUACCCCUAAUCAGAGAGAUGGAUAACAUUGGAAAGAGGGAAAUCUUGGAUCCCUGUACAGUAAUUAGCCUAUUCCACCUUCUCCUGAAACCAGCAAACCGGUAGUGUCAACUUCACCAUUGUCUUUUACACACCUAUAUCUCUUUCGAGAAUCUAGAGCUCACAAUCCACGUACUUCCUCCUUGUUUGAGCUAAUCAACCUAUCAUUCCUACACAUGCACUGAAUCUUGAAUGUGCAUGUUCUAUGGAUGAAAUACGGAGACAAUAGUGUUCAUUAGUUCUUGACUUCUAUAGUAGUGUAGGUUGAACUUCAUUGACAUGGUAUGAUGUGGUUUCUGGAUGCGACUUCAACCAAAAAUAUAUUUUUCCUCAUAUGAUAGCAAUUGAUGGCAUAUGAUGUGUUCUCGAUUUGAUUCUGAUGAGGUGAUGAGGUUGUUCUGCUACUUGUGUUGUGGUGAAGCAAUACUAUGAUGAUAAUGUUAUGGGAUAUGAUGUUCACUAGAGUUGUGUAUACCAGUGAGUAGGAUUUUAAGGUAAAGAACAAUAACAAAACUAUAGGGCUAAUUAUGUGUGUAGCUUGCACAGAAAAUCAUCAUAUAAUGCAGCUGCGAACUUUUACUCUACUUAAUGGAAUUCACUAGCAAAAUAACACCAUCGAGUUGCGAUAGCACCACAAUUGAUCAUCCAUUUCUUCAACUGUUGCAGGUAUCUCUACACUGUAGCUUGCUAGUUGUUUAUGAUGACAUGACUGAUGCUGAUGGAGAUGUAAUUUUAGUUUCUUUUGACUCGUCUAAUGUUUAGAUGCUAUGGCGACGUCACUCACAGGUAGUGACUAAGAUCCGAGUGCAUCCUAGUUACACCAGAUGUGGGCUAUACUUGUUUUGUAAUUAUGCUGCCGUAGCUUGUUUAGGGUGUUCUUUCUUUUCUCUCUGGCUUCACCUCUACUGCCGUUGUAACGGAUAGGAUGCAAUAGUUAGUACAUGACUUGACUGUGAACACCUUUUGAUUGGUGUACAGAUGCCUCUUGUAUGGCAAAGAUAUGUAUCCUGCAAGUUCUAAUGCCCUCUUUUCUUGUAAUGA